GUUCCACUCGGGUAGAGUGGUGCAACGUCCUGUGAGAUAGCCGGAAGGGUACAGCAGCAGCGACGCAGUUAGCUUAUCCAUGUGAGCAGUGACGGUGGGCAGUAAUAUUAACUUUUUUUUUUUUCUACCCACGAUAUACUAAAAAAAAAAAACCGGUGGGAGCAGACAUGGCGACAUCCGGCCAGUGUGUUGUGAUCUCCGACGAGGAGCAGGGGUACGAUUUGGACCUGUUCUGCAUACCCAAGCACUACGCAUCUGACCUGGAGAGUGUCUACAUCCCACAUGGACUCAUUUUGGACAGGACAGAGCGACUGGCCAGGGAGAUUAUGAAUGAAAUGGGAGGGCACCACAUUAUCGCCCUGUGUGUGCUGAAAGGAGGCUACAAGUUCUUUGCAGACCUGCUGGACUACAUCAAGGCCCUGAACAGAAACAGCGACCGCUCCAUCCCUAUGACCGUGGACUUCAUUCGCCUCAAGAGCUACUGUAAUGACCAGUCAACAGGAGAAAUCAAAGUCAUUGGAGGAGAUGACUUGUCUAGUCUGACAGGCAAGAACGUGCUGAUUGUGGAGGAUAUUAUCGACACCGGGAGGACGAUGAAGACCUUAUUGGAACUCCUUAAACAGUACAAUCCCAAAAUGGUUAAAGUGGCAAGUUUGUUGGUGAAAAGGACACCAAGAAGUGUUGGUUACCGACCAGACUUUGUAGGCUUUGAAAUUCCCGACAAAUUUGUAGUGGGAUAUGCGCUAGACUACAACGAGUACUUUCGAGAUCUUAAUCAUAUCUGCGUCAUUAGCGAAACAGGGAAGGAGAAGUAUAAAGCGUGAAGAGCACCUUUAUUUUUUUAUGGCAGAUUUUUUUUUUGAAGACCAGUCACUAUGAUUGUCCACAUCUGCGCUUUCUUCAAACCUGCUCACAGCUUGUUAGCCGCUCUAUAAAGACCCAGCAGGCCCAGCCCUCUGUGUCAGUCCGUACUUUUGCCCUACCGGUAUGCUACCUGUCUGCUGCCCGUUCUGUUGCCCUAUCUGUAAUCAUCUGUAGCAUGGUCUGUUGCUCUGCCUGUUACUCUUCCUGUUACUCUCCCUGUGACUCUGCCUGUCUGUUGACAUACUUGUCGCCUCCUGUCAUGCUGCUCUCAACUAACCCUUUCCCUCCAAUAAACCCCUAUUUGGUCCAAGCCGCAUUUGGUCGCCAUGACAAAUACAGUAUGGAUGUAAGGUCAAUGGUUAAAUUCAAGAAGCUGAUUUUCUCUCUUUUUCUUCUCUUCUUACACCACGUCAAAUUUCCGGUCAAAAUUUAGAAAGACAAUAGGGCAACAACGUGGCUUUCUGCUUUUGACGCUUGCACUGGUUUUACUAGAUUUUAAAAAAAACUGAUUUUAGUUGGUUGAAAGAUUAUGAUUAUUAGUUAUCUCAAUAAUGAGCCAUCAGAUAGUUCUACAUUUUAGGAGAAAUCACACGCUGUCAAGUCAAAUUUAUUUGGAUAGCCCUAUCAACACACAUUGAGCCUGGUGUGUUAGGAUUUUAGUGGCAGCAAGCCAGCCCUGCAUUUUUAGGUCUAACCAAAGAGUAAGGGAUCCCUCUUUCAUCAAUAGUCUCUUCAACACCUAUCGACACCGUGAAUAAUUCUAAAGUAGCAUCUUAUUGGACCCAAUAUCUGCUGGUGUGCAUGAUAAUGCUGCUAAGGUUUCUUAGAACAACACUGAGGCAUUUAUUUCCCUAUCAUCAAAAUUGUUACUUAAUGUAAAUGUCAAUCCUUCUAAUAACAUAAUUGUUGGUCAUUUAUUAACAUUUUCCAAAAACAGGGAAGAGAAUGCAACUAAUGUAUUGGAUUUGUGACUGUAGAUUAAAAAGCCCACCUCAGCAUACUCGUGGUUCCGCACACAUGGAUUUGUAUAUUAAUGGAUUUUCUUUUUCUAUUUAUAAAAAAAACCAAAACCGUUUAACAUUUUUUUGGAGGCAGGGUCCUCCAUUUUCUCCAAUUUUGGAUUGAUAUCGAAUAUUGAAUGUUUUUCACCUUUUGCAAAUAUUUGGACAAGGUUAAUAUUUAUUUUUUGUUCUGUCCCCAAAUGCAUUUUAGUGGGCGUUCAUCAUAUGCUUAUUUUUGCUUAGCUCCUUUUGACGGCACAUAUUGGGGGUCAACUGUAUAUUAUUAAAAAUAGUCCGUAUAUACUCCUAAUACAAUUUGCUUAAGAAUUGUGGCCAUGUGCUUUUGCCCCAUCAUUGAGUGGUGUUUCAGCAAUUAGCUUGUAUGAUAUUCAAAGCAAUGCUGCCAACUGGUGUAGGGUACAGUAUCACUGCUUCUUUAAAUAUUAAAUCUUAAUAUUAAUCUUUAAAAAAUGACUUGUUAGUCUGCUUUUACAUCGAUGCAUACAGUUGACCCCUGCAUACUCGCUGUUCGGCACCCGCUGAUUUGCAUAUUCGCAGAAUUUAUUUUCUUUUGUUUCUUCUGUGUCCAUAUAGUAUGUAACCUGUUAAGUCCUUAUUUGCCAGUAAAUCACAAGGACUCAAAAAAAUAAUCAAUUGUAGUUUUGUAUUGUUUAAGUAGGCAGACCUGGCCAAUGUGUUCACAAUGUGUUUUCAACUGGACACAACCAGUGGUGCCAUAUCUUAUGCUGUGCUGCUCAAUAAAUACACAUGCACACCA